AUGGGUACUUUGCAGGAUGAUCGAAGAUUUUUGGAAUUUGCGAAACAAAGUUUGACUGUUAAUGGAGCCGGAUUCUUAUCCCUGAAGCUACUGUUCAGAGACCAGGAUCCUUUGUUGUCAAACAAUCGGGAGCCUGUCAAGUGCCGCAGCAUUGGUACACUCUGUCAGAUGAAAAAGGAUCCAGAGAUGCUUCGAGAAUGUCUCUCCCCCACAGGAAAAUUGAUCAACACGGGAAAAGUUGAGGUUGUGGAAGAAAAUGAACUUACCCCUUUACCAGGCAAGGCGUGGUGGAUUCCGUGUUGUGCCGUGAGACACAAGAAAAAAGGCAAGAUCAGAAUGGUCUUUGACAGUUCCGCGUACUAUAUGGGAACAAGCCUCAACAACAAGCAAGUCCAGGGACCCGAUCAAGGAAACAAGCUCAGUGGUGUACUUGCCCGAUUUCGAAAAGAAAACAUUGGCUUUUCCUGCGAUAUUGAAGUUAUGUUUCAUAUGUUCUAUGUAACCCAAGGAGGACCAGGACUUCAUGCGGUUUUUUUUCUGAUUCAAGAACAACGACCCAAGCAAGCCCAUCGUAGAGUACCGUGCUUUGAUUCGUAUUUUUGGGAACAGACCAAGUCCCGCGAAGUCACCUUUGCGUUGAGAGCACCCUGCGAGGGAGAGAAUGUUUCAGAAAGAGCAAAACAGUUCAUCACAUCGAACUUCUACGUCGACGAUGGGUUGGGUAGUGCAAAUACAAUUGAUGAGGCAGCUGAAACAUUGAUCAAAGCCCGUGGUAUUCUACAACAAUUCAACAUCAGAUUGCACAAAAUUGCAUCUAGUGACACCUCCUUGUUGAAAUCAUUCCCAUCCUCUGAGAUUGCAGAUGGAACAACGUAUGUGGACUUUGACUUCAGUUCAAUGCAAUCAACUCUUGGGGUCUAUUGGGACCUUCUCAGGGACGAAUUUAUGGUUCAGUCAAAUAUCCUAGAUCGACCAUUUACCAAAAGAGGCAUACUCGGUGUUGUGAACCCGCCUUACAACGGUAUUGUAUUCGUGAGCCCAGAAAUUCUGGGCGGCAGACUGCUCCAAAGACAAAUUAUACCCUCCAGGGACAGCCUACCUGAUGAUCUCAAGCCUUUGGGAUGGGACAAUCCUCUUCCCAAGCAUUUUAGAAGGGACUGGGACAAAUGGAAACAAUCCCUCAACCACCUCUAUCUCACCAAGGUUCCCAGCCCUCUUAGAGACAAGCCCCUUCCGUGUGACUCCAUUCGGGAAUUGUUUGUCUUUGCUGAUUCUUCUCAGAACGUGAUAGAAGUCUUGGCCUGUAUAAAAUCAUCCAAGGGCGGUCGCAUCUCUAUGUCCUUUCUGAGAGGGGAAUCAAAGGUGGCUCCAAGACAAGCGAAAUCAAUCCCUAGACUAGAGAUCUGUGCUGCACUAAGAGCCUUGCAACUGCUGACGGAGAUCUUAUUGGACUUGCGUGAUGACUUCAAGAACAUCUACGUGUAUCCGACAGCCUUGUUAUUCUCGGAUAUCUUUGAAAUCGGGGGCAAAGAUUUUCGAAACAUUAUCGUACAUUGGGUAUUCUAA